AUGGCUCGUGGCCGGCACGCGCCUGUGAGCUGGGCGACAGUGCUGCCGACCAUCGCGCACCUGUGUCUGCUGCUCUUCACGUGCCUCCUCAUCCUGAAACUGCAAGGCCGAACAUGGUCCUGGUGGUGGGUGUUCUGUCCGCUGUGGGUGUUUCACGGCGCGCUGUCCCGCUGCAACUGCUCCAUGCCCGCGCCCAGCUCGCCUUACGACCGCCACUGGCGCCCCUGCCACUCGCUGCUCACGCUGCCGCUGCUCGUUGCAUUCGAGCUGCUGCUCUGCUGCUACCUCGCUGCAAGAGAAAUGUGUGUGGCACGGCCGCCAGUGGAUCUGGCCAUUGUGUUCCUGCCUCUUAUUCUGCUCGAGGGGAUCGUACUCAUUGACAACUUCAGGAUGUGCAUGGCGCUGAUGCCGGGGGAGGAUGACAACAUGACAGACGAGGCACUGUGGGAGACAUUGCCGCACUUUGCAGUGGCGGUGUCGAUGAUUUUCUUCAUGGCAGCAACCGUGUUCUCUGUGCUCAAGCUCAACGGCCAGCCAAACUGGGCAGCGCACAUGUCUUAUUGGAUGCUCUUCUCGCCACUCAUUGCUGUCCAGCUGGCAGCGCUGAUGUCAGCGCUGACUCAGCUCGCAGAGGGGGUGAUGUUGUUGUACGCGCCCGAGUCCGGGCGACGGUUUUCGGCGGUAGUGCGGGAGCAUGAUCCGUUUAUGUUUGUGACGCGGGGCAUGCGGCUGGCGGGGUGGUGGUGGCGGGAUGAUGAAAUAAGGGAAGAGCAGAAGAGCCUCACAGCCUCUCUUUUUCCUGGCACAUACGAUACGUUUGAGGCUGUCCCGCCCGACCACAUCAAGAGAAUGAGAAAAGGCCAGCUAGCAGAGGAGGUGGUGCGGCUGCAGGCAGCACUGGCGGAGCAGGUGGAGACGGGCAAGGCGCAGCGGCAGGAGCUGGAGCGAGUGCAGCAGGAGAAGGUGCUGUGCCGCGUGUGCUUCGAGCGCGAGAUCAGCCUCGUGCUGCUGCCCUGCCGUCAUCGGGUGCUCUGCCAUCCCUGUGCAGACAAGUGCCGGCAGUGCCCCAUAUGCAGGCGGCACAUUGCAGACCGCAUGGCUGUGUUUGAUGUGUGA